AACAAAUUUGUCUGGAAAAAAUAAUAAACCAGAAAGUUUUCAAUUUUUUUACUGCCAAAAUGGUAAUCAUUCAGUGUACAGUGACUCCUGCUAAACAGUCUUAAAUUAAAUUUAAACUAAAAUGCAAGAAGGCAUCCAGAAUAACGAUGAAAACUUGUCACAUAUGUUAGAAGUUAAAAACAGUUUUAAUAUGACAACAAAUGGGUAUGGAAAGGAAAAUAAUCAGCCAGAACAGGAAGUUGAUAAGAGUCUUCCUGUAACAAAAACACCGGAAAAUGGUCUAGAAAGCGAUGGUAGCAGUUGUGAGGAUGGUACUUCAAGUAUUGAUCCAAACAAUUAUUCAGUAGGAGAGACUGAUACAACUCUGGAAAUAGACAAGGAUACCCAGUUAAUAAAAACUCCUGUCUCUGACAAUCCAAAUAUAAAUGUUGCAGAACUUUUAGACACAAUCGCCUAUCAACACAAAAUAAUCAACGAUAACUCGAGUAACUUCAAAUUCCUGGAAGACAAAGUUUCAAAAUUGGAAACCGUUAAAAAGGAAUUGGAAACCAAACUUGAAAAUGCCAACAAGCUAAAGGAAGCUGCCAUAAAAGAAAAGGAAAAUAUGGUUAUCAGAUAUGCUGUUGGAGAAAAAAAUGUAAUGAAAGAGCGGCAACAAAAAGAACAAAUUGAUAAAAAAUUUAAAGAGCUUCAAAAAGAAAACGAACUGCUACAGCAUAAAUUGCAAACGAUGAUUUCAGAAAAAGCAAGGAUAUGUCAAAUGUUGGAUAAUAAAUGUUAUGAACACAAAAACGUACAGCAGGAACUGGAUAGGGCGAAACAAGAAGUUAAUAAUUUGGAUACUAAAUUGAAAUGGCAUCAGAAUAGCUUGAAAAAUGAAAUUGAGGCCCAUAAAGAAUGUCAGGCAAAGGUUGAAAAUCUCAACACAAUCGCCCAAGACUCAGCAAACCAAAUAGAAACUGCAAAGAAACAUGCAGAAGAAACCAUAAAAAACUUCAUGACUUCUCAAGAAAAUAAAGCCUACAUUCUAGAUCAGCAAGUUAAAGAACAACAGGCCUCACUCAUUUUACUCCGACACGAGAAAACAGAUAGAGAAUUACAAAUAAAAACUUUGCAAAAUGAACUGGACAGACUGCACACUAAACAAAAAGAAAUGAUUGAUGAAAAUAAUAAUUUGAGUUUGAAAGUGCAACAUUUGGAGCAAGAAAGGCUUGAAAAUGGACAAAAAUUGAGUGAGCUUAGAGGAUGUCAGGAUCAACAAAGACAAGAUGCUGCAAACUUACAGACAAGAAAUGUACAAUUAGAGCAAUUGAAGUUGCAGCUGAAACAUGAACAAGAUCAAUUGCUAGCAUCUAAUGAACAAAUGGAUCUUUUAAAACUAAGAAACCAGGAAUUAGAAUCUGAUAUGGAGGCUUGUAGAGUUAGGGAAGCUGAGCUGCUUCUUUUUACUCAACAAUUGACUGACAAAAAUGUUAGGCUACAAUCUGAAUUUACUGCUCUAGAAACAAAAGUUCAGCAACUUUCUUGUGAACAGACUCUGUUGAAAAGGCAACUUAAGGAACAAGAAUCCAAAGUUGGUUUAUUGUCGACUACCUUGGAAGAAGAAAGAGGUAAAUUUUUGUCAGAAAGUGACACUUUAAAGAAAACUUUAGAAGAAACUCAGAAAAGUUUGGAUAAUGCUUUAAGGGAAGUAGGUGAUCAACUAGGGGAAAACUUGGUCAUGAAAAGGAAGUUUGAUUUAAACUUGAGGGAAGUCAACAAAGAACUACAACAUUGCAGGAAAAAAAUCGAACAAUAUGAAAAUGGUGAUUCAUCGUCAAACGCUAGCAACUCUAGUUCUUCUUUCAACGUUAAUGGACAUUAUUCCGACAAUGAGCAAGUAAAAAUUGUGCAGCCUGAAGCAACUAUAGACAAACAAGCUCUUAUUGAACAUAUCGUAAAGUUGCAAAGGAUAAGUGCCAAGAAGUCUGAAAAAAUUGAUUUUCUAGAGGAACAUGUGAAUACUUUGGUGGUUGAGAUUCAGAAGAAAACUAAACUAUUGCAGGGGUAUAUUUUGAGGGAACAAUCUGGCACUUUGAGCUCGAACAGCAUGGAUAGCAAUAAGGCGCGGUUAGCAAAACUAAACGGUGUUAUGGCAUCUAUGUACAGCAAUAAAGUGUGCGAUGAUAGUUUAACCAUGGAACUUUCCUUGGAUAUCAAUCGGAAACUUCAAGCUGUAUUGGAAGAUGCCUUGCUUAAAAACAUCACUUUAAAGGAAAAUGUAGAUACUUUAGGAACUGAAAUAGAUAGGCUGAAUAAAUUAUUAAAAAAAUCGUGAUUGGUAGACUCUUGCAAGCGAUUAUUGAAUAAUAAUUAUUAUAAAUUAAAACCAAAGUCAUUUAUUGAUCUCAUUCGCAUAAUAUUUCUUAGAUUUUAAAUUAUUAUUAUUAUUAUGUAUUAUAUGGAAUGUACUUAAAAUUAAAUUUUGUGGUGCAUACUUCCAAAGUUAUUCCACUUAGAAUUAAAAAUGCAUUUAGGUAUUUUAUUUAUUUUACAAUAAUGUUUUUUUGUUAAAUAUAUAAAUUUCAAAUUCUGUUUUCUGAAGAUGAAAAUGUUUGUUAAAAGUCUGUUUACAUCUGACUGUUUAAGGGCGGGUAUUAUAAAACUGCUUUGACAGUUAACUUGAAGUUAACUUUUUGAAUUACAUGUAUUUUCAGAAGUUAACUUUAAGUUAACUCUCAAAGUAGUUUUAUAAUACCCGCCCUAAGAGUUAUUUAUAAAAUUAGGGAAUUAUUAAUUAUGGGAACUGUACGUACAUUACUGCCUAAAUAGAUUGCAGUGGAUGUCAUAUUAAAUAUCGAUUUUAUCUACAAAUCUUUAAAAAAAUAUUAUAUUAUUCAAAAUUUAACUUUUGACAAUGUUGAAGUUAUAGAGAGGCUUAUUUUUAACUUCCAAGCCUUGUCAGAGGGCUUAAUGUGACUGAAUUUGCCAAUAAUAGAUAACUAUUAUUUAUUGUUUUUCAAAAAUUUAUGUAUAAAUGACAUUUUGAGAUUUUUGACUUGCCCAAACUUAUUAUUGACUGAUGUAAAAAUUAGCUGAAUUUCAUCAGUUUUGUUUCAAUUGUGAUAUUGUUUAAAUUAAUAAAAAUAGAUAGACAUUUUCUUUUCCCAAUGAUGUAUGUAUGUAUGUAAAAAAAAAUGUGACCAUAUAAAAAAAUGUUGAUAAAAUAAAAUAAAACAUAAUAUACAUGAUGACUAAGUACAAAAUAAGAUUUUUAAAUAGUGCGUAAUGAAUAUUAAAAGUUCGAAUUAGAUACUGGUGAGGAUUGAACCUAAAACCAAGAAACUUUUAACAUUCAUUAUUUACCCGUCCCUAAAAGUAGAUUUGAAAUAGCACAGAAUAUUUUUCUUAUUAUCUUGUCAUGCUUCCAUUGCUUCCUCACCAAUGUCAGUAGUAUCAGAGGCGACUUCUUCAUAAUCCCUUUCCAGCGUAGCCAAGUUUUCUCGAGCCUCGGUAAAUUCUCCUUCCUCCAUACCUUCACCUACGUACCAAUGGACGAACGCUCUUUUGGCAAACAUAAGAUCAAACUUCCUAUUCAAUUUUCUCCAAGCCGAUUCUAUAGCAGUUGUAUUCGAUAACAUACAGACAGCUCUUUGGACGCUGGCCAAGUCACCGCCUGUGACUACUGUUGGAGGCUGAUAGUUUAUACCAACCUUAAAUCCUAUAUAAGAAUUUUGGUUUCAAUGUUAUAUGUUUUAUUGAAUUAUUUAGGGUGUUCAUUUGUAACUGCUUUUCUUGCUUCAAGCAGAUCGGCGUUCACUUGUCCCAUAUAUAAGCUCAUAAAUAGCAGCUCCUAGCAGAUCUUCCUGAUUUUUCGAGCAGGUAGAGCAAGUAUAAAUGAACACCCAUUUAGUUACCUGUAGGGCACCAAUCUACAAAUCGGACAUAACUUUUAGCUUUCAUUUGAGCUAUGGAAGCAUUGACAUCUUUUGGAACUACAUCGCCUCUGUACAGAAGACAACAGGCCAUGUAUUUGCCAUCACGAGGAUCACAUUUUACCAUCUAAAAAGGACAAUGUUAUAAAGGAUUAUAUCUAAAAACUGAUUACCUGAUUGGUCGGUUCAAAUAAUUCAGCUGUUAUUUCGGCUACAGACAUUCCCUCGUGAAAGGCUUUUUCAGAUGAUACUACAGGAGCAUAGGAAGCUAGUGGGAAAUGGAUUCUUGGAUAAGGAACCUACAUGGUUCAAAAAGAAACUAUAAAAAAGGCUUGAAAAAUAUUAGUGUAUAAUCAAUCUACCAAGUUAGUUUGAAAUUCUGUCAAAUCCACAUUAAGAGCACCAUCAAAUCGCAAUGAAGCUGUUAUGGAAGAAACAACUUGACUAAUCAACCUGGAAAAUAAGAAAGUGGAAUGACCUCUAAAAAAUCCAUGGUUGAUCAUCAUAAGUUAAACUUAUUUUGUAAAUCUGGGUUUAUCGUUGGAUCUUGGGAAGAUCUAAGAGUCAUGAGAACCUUGAGUUAUUAAAUCACUUACCUAUUCAGAUUCAUAUAAUUGGGCCUUUCAAUUCCCAACUUCCUGCGACAAAUGUCGUAAAUAGCUUCGUUGUCGACCAUAAAAGCACAAUCCGAAUGGUUCAAAGUACUGUGAGUGGUCAAAAUCGAAUUAUACGGUUCCACCACAGCCGUGCAAACUUGUGGCGCCGGGUAAACCACGAAUUCGAGUUUACUUUUCUUUCCGAAAUCUUGACUCAGUUUCUCCAUUAGCAAGGACGUGAACCCUGAACCGGUACCGCCGCCAAACGAAUGGAAUACAAAGAAACCUUGCAGUCCGGAGCAGUUUUCGGCUAGUUUGUAGAGACGUUCCAUUACAAUGUUUAACAUGUCUUUGC